GCUUUGCAUCUCACCAUCUCACAACAUCCGACCUCCACCGGAUCUUACGGCUGGUCUUUGCUCCCGUACCCGGCCCCGGCCCGCCUCGCAUCUCCGGCGCGCAAAAUCAGUCCGCAGGCUCUGAUCGCGCCCCUCGACUAUGCCAGAUGCAUCGCCAAACUAUCUGCGCCGCGGUUUGCUGCUCGUCCAGCACUCCCCGCAAGGGAUCCGACUGGUUGCCCAAGUGAAUCAAGCGUGCUCGCUCGAAUUAAGAUCCGGACAGCCAUGGACACCGUGGCAGAUGAUUUGACGGCAAGCGGUGCCUCUCGGAAGAGAAUCUCGACGGCUUGCGAGGCCUGUCGGGCGACCAAGAUUAGGUGUCAGCCCAGCGAGCAGCCCGGUGUGUGUCAGAAAUGCCUCGCGUCAAAGAGAGAAUGUGUCUCUCGGACUGGUCCCAGGACACGCCGCUCGCGAAAGGCCAGGCUGUAGGCCCCCCUCCCCCCCCCUCCCUGGAGCUAUAUCCACAGCCACCGUUAUUAGUUUCUCACCGUUUGUUGGUAAAACAGGGCAGAAGAAGGUGGUAGCCAUCGGCCACUGCCCCCGCUGCCGCAGAAGGGCCCCGGUCCCUCAAGCACUUUUAGCAUUGACUUUGCGGUGCCCGCCAGAGACGAGGUAGAUGACAACUUUGAGACGCUGCGUGAGUCCCACGAGCACUUCAUCGAGAAGCUGUUCCCGGAGGAUGACGACGCUGUUUCCAUGUCGGACCUAACGACGUCCCUUGGAGGCGGUCUCCAGACGCCGCCGAGUUCGUCGGCACACUCGCACUCGAUCCAGGACUUUCAGGGGAAGCCUUCGUUUAACCUGGCGUCCGCCGAGACCCUCUUGGAGUCGUUCCGGUCUAUGCUGAGCUACUUCCCCUGCAUCCUACUGCCUCCAGAUGCCACUGUUUCUCAGCUCGCGGCGACGCGGCCCUUUGUCCUGCUGGCCAUAUUGGCUGCGGCGUCGGGCUCGCGGACCCUCCAGGGACAUAGUCUGUAUGAUGACGAGUUUCGAAAGGUGCUGGGCCUGAAGUUUGUGGCCGGUGGGGAGAGGAGCCUGGAGCUUCUCCAAGGUAUCCUGAUUUACUGCGGAUGGUAUCCCUUUCACUUGCGACCAAAGAACAAGCAGUCUAUCCAGUACAUCCGCAUGGCCAUGGAUCUGAUCCAAGAUUUGGAGCUCGAUCAAGAGUUCCAAACCAACACUGAUCCGAUGGCGCCGGAAGUGACCGAUCAACAGCUCGAUGGCAUCCGAGCGUACCUGGCCUCCAUUUACGUGGCCUCUACCUUCAUCGUUACAUGGAGGAACAGUAAAGGGCUGGGAGUUUCGUUCACUUCCUGGACGAAUACGUGCAGCCAACUACUCGACCGCAAUGCUCAGGUAGAGGGCGACAAUGUGCUCGCCAGCCUGUACCGUCUCUCUGGCGUACUCUACGAAGCCGCAGAGGCCAUUCAUGAGCGCAAGGGCCAGAGCGAACAGCAUAGCAGGCUGCUGCUCGCAGGCCUUGAGCUCCAGUUCCGAGAGCUCCAGAGCAUGACACCGCCGUCUGUCGCGGACGCGGUUCCCGUCAAGUUACAAACGAUGCUCAUUAGCGUCUACCUCGAUGCCGGCACCCUCCUCAGACAGCCUCAAGGGACGCACUCUUCGCCCCCAGUAAGCGGACCGCUUCCGCCUUCGGCGAGCAAGUUGCAGGACGCCACCUGCAAGUUAAAGGUGUUUCUCGAUCAAAUCAGCAGCUUGGAGGAUCAUGCAUUUCUGUCCUUCACCCUCAACGACUGGACACGGCUCAUCGUCGCCAUUGUGAUCGCCCUGCGCCUCUCCUUGCCGAUCCCGCGAUGCCCCGAGUUUGACUCGUCCUGGGGGCGCUCGCAGCUACAGCUGGGGGACUUCCUGGCUCGCAUGUCCCGCGAGGAGGGCCUCACGCCCGCGUCCAAGAAGGUCGACGUGCUAUCCGCCAGCCGGGUCGUCAUGCGGGUCGUCAGGGGCAAGUACGAGAGGCGCGUGCGGGCGGCACUCGAGGGGUCCGCGGCGCCCACGGGGCAUGGGUGUCCGAUGCUGGACGGAAGCUUGGAGCAGUACUUUCCGAUCUGGGAUGCUGGGUUUGCGCCGAUGGGGAUGCCGCCGCCUGGCGGGUCCGUUGGCGGCAUGGUGGCUCAGCCCGUCUUUCACGAUUUAUGGGCGACGAUGACGAUGGGGUGGGCAAACGACGACGCCAUGUUUGGGGGCGCGGAGUGAUGAUCUGCCGAGCUGCACGAGUCGGACGAAUUCAUGUCAGCAAGCAUCGUCUGGAGCUCUGAGCCACCGCUUUAAUGGUGAUAUAGUACCCACCACUGGAAGUCUCAGUCGUAACUAGAAUGUGCAGACUUGGCAGAGUAAGUUGGAUGUUAGUCAACGUUGUCGCGCAGCUGCGGGACGGUGGGGCUCAUCGGCACUUGGGCUCCGCAAUGGAAAUCCACAGUUGACGUCGGAUCUGGUGCUUAUCACUUAUUACUGUGUGCCAGUGACAGUCUUGUCAGCAACUGAACCACGAU